AUGAAAAGACCACUCUACUCGCUCGUUAUUCCCUGCUAUAACGGACAAAAAUUUUUGCCACUUGCGAUCCACUCGAUCGUCAACCACCAACUAAUCAAGCGCAACUUAACUCGGCUUUACGAAGUAAUCGUGAUCGACGAUGGCUCAACCGACGAUUCGCUCCGGAUCGCCCGCGGACUAGCCCGCGAGUUAAACGAGCUAGUCCGACCCGAGUUUAUCCGCGUGGUGGCCAAGCCCAACGGGCAGUACGGGAGCGUCAUCAACCGCGCCCUCAGUUUAGCCCGCGGCGUCUACUUUAAAAUUUUGGACGUUGACGACACCUUCAGCACCGAAGAUUUCAUUAAACUGCUUUACAUUAGCGCCGGUUUGUCGGCCCAAGUUGACGUGAUUGUGACCGACCACACGUUUGAAAAAAUCGGAGUUAACAAAACUUACCGGAAAACUUUCCGCGCUUACAUCGAGCCGUUUCGGAUCAUUGACACGCGCCAAAUCGCCUUACCGAGCGACCUAAUUACGAUGCAUUCGCUCGUUUACCGACUCGAUUUUUUGCGCCGGAUUAAGUACCGCCAGCUGGAAGGGAUUUACUACACCGACAGUCAGUUCGCUUUGAUUCCGCUCCUCCAAGUCAAGUCUUUCUACUACUUGCCCCUACCCCUGUACCGCUACUACGUCGGGCGCGAUGAACAGUCGAUCAACAUUAAAGUGAUGGUCAAAAACGCGGCUCACCAACUGGAAGUGUUAACGACCAUCUGA